AUGGAAGAAAAUCGCUCGCAGCCACAGCGUCAUGAGGUCCAGAAAGUUCGUGUUAACCAAGCCUGCAGGGCUUCCCACCAUCGAAAAAAGCGAUGCAUUACCACUUUGACGCGUCACCCGUGUACCUACUGCUUCACGUACGGCUAUCGCUGUAUCCCUAGGGCGCGCCUAAUGAAAUCUGCCCGAAAGCAUACAGUCAAGACCUCUGGCAGUCAACACCAGCAACAGCCCAGUUAUAAAUUUGAUUCACCACUGCCGCCAGGUAUCGACCACGAGGUCCUGCUCCCCCGCUGGAGCGCAAUCUAUUCGCUUGUCUCGGAGGUGCUGCGACUGAUUCCACCCAAGGGACCGCAGCCAGCUUGUGAUGGAAAGUGCACGUCUGCCAUUGAUGAACAGGACUCCAGUGAGAAGUCUAGUCAUCAAGGUGAAAGUCGCCUAUCGCGAGCUCGAGGCUCUCAAAAGCAUACACCCUGUGAGGUGAAUACCGUCGACUUUGAUAUGAGUCUCUUCCUCACCCCAAAGUCUUGUGUAGAUGACCAUCCGGUUUUGCCAUGA